AUGGAAGGGGCAUUGUUCUUGGUGAUGCAUUGUUCUUUAUCAUUUAUAUUGUUGUCUGCUGCAUUAUUUUCAGGAACCUUAGUAAAUUCACUUCCAUAUGAUUAUUCAGCGAUCAUUGAGUGCUUGGCUGAGCCACCAAAACCUCAAUACAAAGGUGGAAUCAUAAUCAAUCCAGAGUUCAACAAUGGCCUGAAAGGAUGGGCAAGAUUUGGACACUCAAAUCCUGCAGAAAAAACAUCAGAAACUGGAAACAAGUUCUCAGUGGCUCGCAGUAAACAAAAUCCUUUUCAUUCUCUUUCCCAAAAGCUCUUCCUUCACAGUGAAAAGCUCUACACAUUCUCUGCAUGGGUGCAGGUAAGUGAAGGAGAUGAGAUUCCAGUGAAAGCCAUGUACAAAACUAGUUCAAACAUCAGCCAUGCAGUUGGAACAGUGAUUGCAAAGUCUGGGUGUUGGUCCAUGCUCAAAGGUGGCAUCUCAGUGAAUAACUCUGGACCAGCUGAGUUAUACUUUGAGAGCCAAAAUGCAUCAAUUGAGAUAUGGAUAGACAGUGUCUCUUUGCAACCAUUCACCAAAGAUCAAUGGAGAAGUCAUCAAUCAGAAAGCAUCAACAAGGUGAGGAAGAGGAAGGUGAGAAUCAACUCGACACCGGGAACAAAGAUCUCGAUCAAACAAAGCCGGCCGGGUUUCCCCUUCGGCAAUGCCAUAUCCAAAGACAUCCUCUCCAACACAGUGUACCAGAACUGGUUCACUUCUCGCUUCAAAGUAACCACAUUCGAGAACGAGAUGAAGUGGUACAGCACUGAGUCAUCUCAAGGGACCGAAAACUACGCCGACGCCGAUGCCAUGCUCGCCUUCUGCAAACAAAAUGGCAUCAACGUGAGAGGCCACAACAUCUUCUGGGAUGCCCCACACUACCAACCAAACUGGGUCAAUUCCUUGCCAACUCCACAACUCCAAUCAGCCACUGAAAAAAGAAUAAACUCAGUUAUGAAUAGAUACAAAGGACAAGUGAUUGCAUGGGAUGUUGUGAAUGAGAACAUGCAUUACUCCUUCUUUGAAAGCAAGUUUGGGAAGGAUGCAUCCUCAGUGUUGUACCAAAAAGCACACCAGAUUGACAAUGCUGUUCUCACUUUCAUGAAUGAAUUUAAUACAUUGGAGAAUCCUGGAGAUGAAGUUUCUAUUCCCACAAAGUAUCUGCAGAAACUGACAGAGAUUCAGAGUUUUGGUGGGAGUACUAGUACUGGUGGUCCAAGGAUGGCCAUUGGACUUGAAGGCCAUUUCAGCCAGCCUAACAUUGCUUAUAUGAGGUCUGCUUUGGAUUCUCUUGCUGCUGCUAAUGUUCCCAUUUGGCUCACUGAAGUUGAUGUUUCAAGCUCUCCACAACAGGCAGAAUACCUGGAAGAGAUACUAAGAGAAGCAUUUGCUCAUCCUGCUGUUAAUGGGAUUGUGAUGUGGGCUAGUUGGCAUGCACAAGGCUGCUACAGUAUGUGCUUAACUGAUAACAACUUCAAGAACCUACCAACUGGUGAUGUGGUGGACAAACUUCUCAAUGAGUGGAAAACUUUCACCCAAAUUGAAGCCUUUGCAAACACUCAUGGCUUCUUUGAGCUUGAUCUCUUCCAUGGAGAUUAUGAGAUUACAACAACUCAUCCUUCCUCAAACUCCUCUUCACUUCAUAUACUUAAUGUUCAUGGUGCAAAUCAUCAUGAGGGAGUGUUACAUGUCCUUGAUGUUCAGGCUUGA